AUGUAUCCUCAACACAGUGCCCCUAUGGCACCACCCCAAAAGCCUGAGACGUUCAUGCUGUCGACCGAAGCGCAGCAGAGCCUGCCGCAUGAUGCGCAAGUCGCUCUGCAGCAAGUGGACAACCUGAAAUACUUCCUCCUGUCAGCUCCCGUAGACUGGCAGCCAGACCAGUUGAUCCGUCGAUUCCUCUUGCCAACUGGCGAUUAUGUGUCGUGUGUUCUCUGGAGCAACCUGUUCCACAUCUCCGGUACCGAUAUCGUGCGAUGUCUUGCAUUCCGUUUCCAAGCUUUCGGUCGUCCAGUCAAGAACUCCAAGAAGUUCGAAGAAGGCAUUUUCUCCGAUCUCCGAAACCUCAAGGCCGGCACCGAUGCGACCCUCGAAGAGCCCAAGAGCGCAUUCCUGGACUUUUUGUAUAAAAACAACUGCAUUCGAACACAGAAGAAGCAGAAGGUCUUUUAUUGGUACAGUGUUCCGCAUGAUCGUUUGUUCUUGGACGCGCUCGAGCGCGAUCUGAAGCGCGAGAAGAUGGGUCAAGAAGCGACUACCCAGGCUGUCAGCGAACCCGCUAUGUCAUUCGAGUUCGACUCUUCUCAGUCCCUUUACGAGCAAUUGACCAAGGCGCAACAAGCAAGCUCGUCUUCGUUUGCCGCCCACGCAAGUACGACAUAUGGCCAGCCCAGCUCUCCCGUAGUACGGACCGUUGACGCAAUGCCUCCUCCCCAGAUGGCUCCCCCAGCGAUCCCUCUUCUCCAGGACGACCCGGCCACUUCGAUGUACAGCAACCCGCAGAUGCCGAUGCAGAACAACUUGGUUCACAACAUUAUUAAGCGUGAACAGGACUACGGAGCUAUUCAGUAUGAUCGGAACGGAAUGCCCGUCCGGGUUCACCAGCGCCAUUCGUCCAUGCCAACCUUCUACGAGUACUCCCCCGCCCCAUCGUUCGUGUCUUCUCACUACGAAGACUACAGCAACCGUGGAUUGUCGUUUGAGCCCGUUACUCCGCCCCCGCAUGCAGUCGGACUUGGAGCGGAGCCUGCAUACAUCGCCAAUGAAGACACGGGCCUGUACACAGUGAUCCCAGACAUUGGCAGCGCCGCGCCAUACAACCCUAUGAUGCAACUGCCGGCGUCGAACCUGGCUGGAGGUCACUACUCUACUGCCCCCCGUUCUUAUUCGUCCACUCCUUACUCGGUCAUUGAGGGGUCUCCUACGUACAAGCAGCGAAGACGUCGUCCAUCUGUUACACCGGGUCCUUCCAACGGAACGCCGGGUGUGAUGAGCGGGCCGCCUUCUGUUGCUCCUUCGCAGCCCCCAGCCUACGCUGCACACAAGCCUAGCGACCUUCGUCGCUCGAUGUCCAGCUCAGUGGCCCCAGUUCUGGAGGGGGAAGAUGCAAGCCAGGACUUUUCGCGCGCAUACCCCAGCGCCUCGCUCCCCCAGAAAGACUUGAUGCAGGAGAUUUCGCGUCACGGAACACCUUUGCAAAACCUCCAUGGCAGCGUGGAGGGGCAGCAGAUGCCUAUGGCCCAGCCUACGGAUGAUCUUUCAGCGCUCCCCACGAGCGCUGCCAUGGAAGGCGCUGUUCAGAACAGUACUAGCCGCCCUGAUCGCUCCGGCCCAGGCCCAGCUCGUAGGGCUCGCAGCGCCACCAUGAUGGAGCUUGGACCAUAUCCUCAUAAGUCCCACUCUUGCCCUAUUCCUUCAUGUGGCCGACUCUUUAAGAGGUUAGAGCAUCUCAAGAGGCACGUGAGAACGCACACUCAAGAGCGUCCAUACCCUUGUCCAUACUGCAGCAAAGCGUUUUCCCGCUCCGAUAACCUGGCACAACACCGCCGCAUCCACGAGGCUCAACAAGACGGCCAGGCUCCUGUUGUUGACGAGGAAGACUUGGAGAAUGACGGAGAGGAAUUUGAUUCCCCUAAUGAAGACUCCCCUCCACCAACAUCGGAGCCCCAUUCAAUGGUUAACAUGCCCACCAUGACUUCCAUGACCUCGAUGACCUCUAUGGCCGCCCCGAUGACCAUUCCGUCAACAGUACCCAAUAUGAUGGCACCUCAUAUGAUUGCCCCACAGCUUCUUCAGCAACAUAUCUAA